CUCACUCAUUUACCUCCCUCUCUGUUUGUCUCUCUUUCUACUAUUCUCUCUCUCUCUCUUUCCCUCUCUCUUUCUACCAUUGAACUCUUUUAUUCGUCUUGCAGCAACAUUUCCAGUUCACCCUUCAUGGAAGGGACUGAACGACGAAGAAGAAUAAAGGAAAAUAUAUCCUCAUAAACAUCCGUAUUCAAAACAAAUACGACGACCGGAGCGAAAAAGGAAGGUGAGACCAAGCACCAGAUACAAUAUUCUUACCUAAAUUGAUACACAACUGUCCGAGGAGAAGUUACCAUUUAAGGAAUUCAGUGCAAGGCUACAGUUUUGUUGUUUUCACAAAAUCCUUCCUAUAUUAAUGUUGUAGAUGGACCAACUUGACUUCUGAGAGCAGUAUCUCUAGAAUGUUCUUGGGAGAAAGAAGACUGGCUGUGAAAAGAAGCAGCUGUAUUCAAGUGUGUUGUGUUAGAAAUCUCUGCACCAAUGCCAACUAAAAAAUCUCAGAAAUCUAAAAAAAGGAAGAAAACUCCUCAUUGCAAAAAUGAGGCUGAUUCCAGUGAUGUAGGGGCCAAAAUUGAGCAUAAUCAAGAGACUGAAGGUGCAAUGAAAGAGUCUGACCAAAAACUAGAGAAGACUAUCAGAUGUGAUUUUUGUCACGAAGAGUUUAACCUGAAGAGUCAGUUGCGAUCACAUCACCUGCUUCAUGUUAGUUGCAGACCUUACCGAUGCAAUUACUGUUCAAAAGGAUUUCUUAAGUUAGGGGACCUAACUAAACAUGAACGGUCUCAUACAGGGGUUAAACCUUUUAAGUGCACCUUCUGUGACAAAGCAUUUACAGAAUCUGGGACUCUUACUGUGCACACACGCACUCAUACCGGAGACAGGCCAUUUAAAUGUACAUACUGCACAAAAGCUUUCAUUCAGUCGAGUGACUUGAAGAAGCACACUCGUAUUCAUACAGGUGAGAAGCCAUACAAGUGCUGCUACUGUGAUAGGGACUUCUCUGAGUCCAGUUCAUUAUCGCAUCAUUCUAAAUUACAUUUAAAUGAACCAACAUUUCAAUGUAUAUACUGCAACCAAAAGUUUAAAACAUUGACACAGCUUGAUGCACACAGUCAUACUCACAGUGAAAAUAGAAUACACAAAUGUGGUUAUUGUGACAAGUCCUUUGCUCAUCUUGGUAACCUUGCAGUGCAUACAAAGACUCACAUAGAAAAGAAGCCGUUUACAUGUGACUUCUGUCCUAAAACAUUCUUUAGGACUGGGGAUCUCCUAAAACACAUCCGUACACAUACAGGAGAGAAACCAUUUGCAUGCAGUUAUUGUGAUAGAAAGUUUACUGAAUCUGGAACAUUAAAUGUACAUUUACGCCGUCAUACUGGUGAGAGGCCUUAUGUGUGUCCUAUCUGUACAAGGGCUUUUAUUCAAUCAAGUGAUCUUAACAAGCACAAAAAGACACACAGAAUUAAUGACCAAUAUACACUCAACGAAUAUUUAGGUUUGCAACAGGUGCAAAAUUCAAUGCCAGUCAAUGAGUCUUCUUAUAUUGAACACACUAAGAUUAUUUCAAGGACUUCUUUAACAGAAACCACAGGUUUGCCUCAGUUUAACGAGUCAGAGACACGAAUCUAUUCGUGUAAGAUGUGUGAUGAGAAGUUCCCUACAGAAAACGAUCUGUCUGCACAUAUUGUGUAUCACCAAGAAGUUGCUUGCAACUCUGUUAAUUCUGAUUACACUCAACCAUAUUCCUGUGAAUACUGUGAAAAAACGUUUUCACAACUGUCUAAUCUUGCUGUUCAUACAAAGACCCAUCUUGGAGGUAAACCGUAUAACUGUGAUUUUUGUGAUAAAGUCUAUAUGCGUCCCAGCGACUUGAACAAGCAUAUGAGAUAUCACACUGGCGACCGCCCCUAUAAAUGUGAGAUUUGCCAAAAAGCUUUUACUGAGUCUGGUUCAUUGAAGAUCCACCAGCGAAGCCAUACUGGGGAAAGACCUUACAAAUGUAGCCUGUGCCCCAAGGCAUUUGUACAGUCGAGCGACUUGAAAAAACAUAUGAGAAUUCAUACAGGGGAAAAACCUUACAACUGCAAAUUUUGCUUGAAGACAUUUUCUGAAUCUAGCUCUUUAACCGUCCAUAUGAGAAGUCAUACGAAAUACCGACCGUAUAAGUGUAAUGCGUGUGAUAGAGCUUUUAUACAGUCUGGGGAUUUAAAGAAACAUCUGAGAACCCACACUGAAGAAGCUACAAGCUAUUGCGACGGAUAUAGGGCUGACACUUCUUUAAGCAUGCCAGUUUAAAUGUUUACUACAAAUUAACUGACCCCAAAAUGCUUGGAUAACAUAAAAAAAGAAUAUCUUGCAGUGUUAUUGUCAAGCAAAUUAAAUUAAAAAAUAAAAGAAAUUAAAGACUUUUUCCGGCACAAUAUUUGGGAUCCUACUCUUGAACAAUAAUUUCAAUAAAUAAUCCAUUUGCUAAAAGUCAAAGCCCCAAAGAAAAGAAAAACCCAAACCUUGACCUUUUUGCAUGUCAAACUGUGAUAGGACUUUUCUAAUUCAGUUCUGAUCAAAAAACAAAUUCAACAGGACUAUUUUCAUCUCACUGUCUAAUUAUUCCACUUAAAUAAAAAACAAAAUUAUA